CUUCGAUCUCGCAUGACAUCGCCUCGUCCAUGACAAAUCCUCUGAAUUUCCGAUUACUUUCCCCGCUUGACCCGAGGCUGGAAGCUGGAAGCUGGAAGCCUUAUAGACCAACCAACGGUCGGCUAUGAAGCAUGACCAAAGGCAAUGGCUUGCGGCAGUACCGGGCGUGCGUCCGGUGCCGCUCUCGCAAGACGCGCUGUGAUCUACAGAGUCUCGGCGAACCAGGAAAACCCCCCUGUUCAAAGUGUGUCCGCGAAGGCGCUGAAUGCAUCCUGGCUGGCUCACGCCGAGGCGGUGACUUUUCCCACCUCCGUCGCGGGCAGCAGCAGAAAAAGAGACCCCGUCAAGAUACGACUCCCUCCACGUCCUCAACCGAUCACAUAUCACCGCGUCAAGCAAGAGCCGUAGAAGAACCCGUUCACGACAACCUCCAAAACCCAUAUGAUGCUUUGCUGAUACUCGCCCACACCGCUGGACAGUCUAGUGACAGCACCCAUCCCGAAGGAACUGCUGGCGCUUUCAACCGUCAGGGCCACAUAGACAAUAUCGAUGUUUCCAGCGGCUUACGCAUGACUUCUCCAACCAUUGGUCUAAGCGUCGCCAACAGCCACUCACUGGGACGAGAGUUGAGCCAAAUGAAUGUUACAAAAAUAACGGUUUAUCCGCCUAUUGAGAAUGGAAUAAUCGAUCCAGCGUUACUUAUCGAGCUGUUACAUCUAUAUGCAGAAAAAUACCACCCCUUCUGUCCCAUCGUCCCGGGGACAGUGUUGCGACCUGACCAGAUAUCGGGUACCAUAGAGAAUGAAUCAUUUCUCCUGACAUCGGUCCUGGUGGUUGCUUCGAAAGACCGGCGCGAUCUUGUAGAUCUCCACAAAUCCAUCUGGACCUACAUGCGGCAGCUCAUUCUCGAUGUUGUUUUGGGCAUGACCAGCAUCCGGAAUGUCGGCUGUGUUGAAGGUCUCUUGUUGCUUGGCGAGUGGACCCUGCUGAAUCAAGGCCACACAGACGAUGGUGGUGAAGGCGCUGCAUGGUCAAUUCUGGGUCUCGCCGUGAGGUUAGCGUACCUGUUGCGCCUCGAGGACAGCUCCUUCAAAGGAGGUGAUGGGGAAGUUGACGCCUCAAUACAACGGGAGCGACUUGCUUGGACUUUCACCUACCUUUCUGACCGUCAAAUAUCCAUCCGCAUGGGACAGGCUUUCUGGUGUCGAGGUCCGGCCUUGUCAGCACGAUUCACUGCCCACGAUUUUCCAGCAUUGCAACCCCGACAUUCAGAUGAUGAAGAUUUCGCUUCACUCAUCCAGGCUCAGGUGGAAUUGACAACCCUGUUUGGAAAUGCUCACGACAUUCUCUUUGCAUCAAGAUCUCGGACUGCUGAGAUUAUGAUGAGAGGAGACUACACGAAAUACGUCGACGACACAAGCAAGGCCAUGUAUGCAUGGAAACAUGCAUGGACUUCGUUAGCUGUGUCGCCUCAUUUGAAGAGUUGCUUGACCUUAAUGCAAGAGUAUCUUCGACUCUAUGUUAAUGCCUUUGCUUUUCAGGCUGUUAUUUAUCGGGCUUCCUCCAAGAGUAGUUCCAACUCGGACUCCAAUGACAAAGACAACCCUCAAACGGCCUUGGUCUUUCCAGACUCGACGAUGGCAAGCCCCGAUGCACGGAGUAUUUAUGAAGCCAUAAAUGCUGCCGAAACUCUAAUAACAAUCGUUGUCGAGGACAUUGACCCAGUAAAACAUCUGAGGUACAUGCCGGCGCGUUUCUACUUAUACGAAAUCCAUUCUUCAGUCUUCCUGUAUAAAGCUCAUGCAUCAGGUGCAAUUUCUUCUGGACAGUAUGCGCAAACUGCUUCGCUAAUGCAGCGAUUUACAUCAGCCCUCAAAUUGGCAGCCGUUGACGAAAAUCACAUCGCAUCAAGGUAUGCUAAGCUACUGGAUAGAUUGUGGUUUCGUAGACCAGAAACAACAUUGGCGGCGGCCGGACGCCCAGAAAACAUGAACCUCGAAAUUACCAAUCCUGGGAUGUCUGACUCGUUGUCUAUGCUCGGAUUGGACAUCAAUAGAACUCAGUUGACGGUAUUUGACGAUGUCGGCUUGCAACCAUUUGAUUGUACCGAUACUAUGGACGGUCUCUUUGCGAUACCGCCUGUAUUCCCUUGGGACCAGUGUGGCUUUCUGAAUACUGCAAUCUGAUUUUAGAACCGAUAGUCUAAGACUUCUUGUCAAUUUUGUC